CCCGGAAUAGGAAAUAGAUUUUAUGAAAAUUCAGACAAUGUGGCUUUAAUGGGCGUGCAAGCGACGCCUUUUGAAACAUUACAGACUGCCCACACUGUCCCAGACGUUGUUGCAGAGGAGAUCGAGAAGCGAUCUAAGAAUCACAAUAGCGAAAACGACAAAAAUAACAAUGGUAAUAUUAACAAUGCCGCAUUAGCGUACUGUUUUACACAUUUUUUGGAAGUCAUGGGUAAUAAAUGCAUCAAUCAGGAAAUGAAGCGUUGCCCAGGGGUACAUCUUUGCCUAUAUCCUUGACCUAAUGUUAACACGUAACGUGUUAUAAUUACACAUCUCUGAUCAGCGAUGAAGCGAAACUAGAAUAACAGUACGUGUCACCUAGUUCCAGGAAAAGCCCAACUGCAAUCUUCGGGAUCAGUCUGUCUUUCUUAUGCAUUGCAAGCUCAUACAUGCUUUAAUGCUGCCAACUGCUCUAACUCGUUUAAGUGCGUUUGCUGCGGGGACGCGCCGAUCGCCUUGGUUUGGUCACAGCUUAUCGUACAUCUUCCGUACAUCGUCAGUCGGCUUCUUGUGGCUCUAAUAUGCUGCAACGUCUUCUCCACCAGUUCAACUGGUGUGUUACGCACAAGGGAACCAACAUCACGGAAGUUUGCACUAGUGAAAUGUGUAGUUUCAAAUGCAUUAGGACCGCGGGGACGCCCUCUGAAUUUCACUGAAGGGGAGCAAUACGUACUGCAGGCAGCACAUAACCGGUGUUAAAACCGGCUGCCUCUCUGCCCCUGAGCACCUGAACUAGUCACCAGCCGGACAAGGGCAUCCUGUCUGUUGUCAUUUUCUAUGCAAAAAUUAUUUUUCGGAUAUCCGAGAGAUGGGAACCCUUUUUUCGGCGCCAGACGACCACUUCCAAGAUUUAUCAGAGAAGACGGGAUUUUCCCCGGAGCAGAUCCAAAUUCUGCACAAGAGGUUUAAGCAGUUGAGCAACGAAGAGGACUUACUACGGAGAGAUGACUUUAAUAACAUCCCGGACCUGGCCUGUAACCCAAUACGGACUCAAAUUAUCGAAGCCUUCUUCGACAAAAGGAACUUCCGGCAGAACGCCGUGGGCUCGGUGGAGGAGAUCAGCUUCGAGCAGUUCGUCGUCGUCAUGUCGCAUUUCCGACCAGUGCCGCUGCACAACAUGACCGAAGAGCAGAGGGAACGCAUGAGGAGAGAGAAACUCCGCUUCCUGUUUAACAUGCACGACACCGAUAAUGAUGGGACCAUCACGCUGGAGGAAUACAAGCAUGUGGUGGAGGAGCUCCUGUCUCGCAGCGGCGCCAUAGGGAAGGAGACCGCCAAGGGGAUCGCUGAUGCCGCCAUGCUGGAAGUGGCCAGCAUCACAGUGGGCCGCAUGAACCCUGAGGACUUCUAUGAAGGCAUCACUUUCGACCACUUUUUAAAGAUCCUGAAAGACAUUGAGAUCGAAACAAAGAUGCACAUCCGCUUCCAGAACAAUGCCUGUGCGCUGUGUUAAUGAGCUCAUCUCCUCCCUGGCCGCAUAUCCAGCUCCGGCACUCACAU